CUGCCAGCCAAUUCACUAAGAAGAAGAAGAAAAAGAAGGAGGAAAGGAAGAGAAGAACCAGGAAGCUUUCGAUUUGAAGGAAUUGCUUUGAGAAAAUUAGAAUGGACAAGGUGAUCAACUGCUUCAGUAAGAGACCUGAUGCCGUGGCCAGGCUGAUAUGCUUCCCAUGGGCAGGYGGAGGCUCCAUACACUAUGCACGCUGGGGGAAAAUCCUCACCUCCAUUGAAGUGUUUGCUGUUAAACUUCCUGGCAGGGAGGCUCGAGCCAAAGAGCCCUUCUUUCAAAGCAUGGAGCAGAUUGUAGAUGAGGUCAUCAAUGUGCUACUGCCGGUGCUCAAGGAGAAACCGUUUGCCUUCUUUGGCCACAGCUUUGGCGCCAUGACCAGCUUUGCUGUAGCAGAUACUUUGAAAAGAGUCCACAAGCUGGAACCAAUUCACAUCUUCCUGUCUGGUGCCUCUGCACCCUACUCUGAGAUGCGUAUCCAAGCCCCAAAGAGAAGUGAUUUAUCAGACGAGGAGUUCCUCCAGUGGAUGACCAGGAUUGGUGGGACUCCCCCCGAGUUACUGGCCAAUCCUGAGGUUGUAAAGCUCUUCCUGCCCGCGCUGAAAGCCGACCUCCACGUGGUGGAGAACUACAGGUGUGACCGGCCAGAGAGUCCUCUCCUCUCAUGCCCAGUCACAUGCUUCGAUGGAAAGCAGGACAUGCCUCAUGACUUACAAGCAUGGAAAGACAUAUCAUCUGGAGAUUUUACAGUGCAAAUGCUACCCGGAGCUCACUUUUAUUUAAAAGACGCAGCCAAUGAGACGGUCAUAUUGGACUACRUCACGAAGUAUCUGGAGAUGGCGGAAAUGGACUACUUGUAGCUAUGAAGGGSACAGUGGCAGUAAAGGAAAUGUAUCAUGUUAUGUUUUCAUUGUAGUGACACAACCAGUUUUACUUAAUUUUUUUGAAGAAUAGGGAGUCCAAGAAGCAUUUCAACAGUAGUAUCUGUGSCUUUGCGCAAUAAUGCAAAUGAUGGAAGUAGGGUUUGUUGACCAUGUGAAUCUAGCCAAUGUGUUUAGGAUUUUACGAGUGAUGUAAGAUGUAUUUCAGCCWAAAAUGGAAUCCAGAGAUUGCCUGACUAGUCCUCAAAUCAAAUUUUAUUGGUCACGUACACAUGAUUAGCAGAUGUUAUCGCGAGUGUAGCAAAAUGCUUGUGCUUCUAGUUCCGACAUUGCAGCAAUAUCUAACAAGUAAUAUCUAACAAUUCCACAACAAAUACCUAAUACACACAAAUCUAAGUAAGGAAUGGAAUAACAAUAUAUAAAUAUAUGGAUGAACAAUGACAGAGUGGCAUAGGCUAAGAUGCAAUAGAUAGUAUAAAAUACAGUAUAUACGAAUGAGAUGAGUAAUGCAAGAUAUGUAAACAUUAUUAAAGUG